GAAGCAGAUUUUCCUGACAAGCUUGCUUUAGCAAGUGGAGUAACGCCUAGGUAAAUUUCAUAUUUGUUUCCCCACAUAUUUCAUUUCUCCCUUCUAUUAGUCUAGGCAACUCCGAUAUAAGUAGUUUGAUCUAGGCCAUUCUGUAAUUCUAUCUUUUCUUCUUCCUUUUUAACCCUGUCUUCUCUAUUUCCCUAUGUCGGAUUCAGCAUCAUCAAUUUCCGUUAGUAACUAUACUAGUGAAGACAGUUUAAUUAACUCGAUAAAUACAGUAGACAUAGUAUCUAAGAUUGGUUUUGAUCAGCACCAUCGACAACUAGAAGAACAUGACAAUGUUGCACCGCAACAAGGAACAACCUUGCCGAUUUCAAAAAAGUUCAGAGUUAUUGAAAAGUUAAGAGACAAGAUGAAAAUAGUUAAGCGACAUCACUUUUUCGGAGCACAUUCAUCAUUUUGGCACGUAAGUAGUCGAUACCACGACAAUUUGGACAAUGCCAUCAAGGAAUGCAUCGAUAGCGUUGAGCUAUCGAUUAUAGACAAAAACAUAUCAGCAAUAAGUGAUGUCUUUGAAAAACGAUCUGAAGAUCAUGAUUCGCCGGAUUUUCAAAAGACACCAACUACAACACAGAGUACUAAUUCAGUAAAAACAUAUGGUAAUUUUCGUGAAGGCCUAUUUUACGCCAUUAGCGCACGAUCAAAUAAUCGAAAGUGCUCCAAAAAAUUCAAUAAACACUACUGCAGUAGUGAUAGCAGACAUAGUAGAAAGGCAUAUAAGACCGAGCCAUCCUCUCCUGCUUCAUCGUCCAUGCUGUCAGUCUCUAACAUAUCCUUUCAUUCGCAAGCAACCAAACGCCUGCGGUUACUCAACGAAAGAAAUUUUGGAUGGAAAUUGAAAUACAGUAAUGCUUCAAUAACCAAAAGGGAAUCACCUUAUCUAGAAGAGGAUGGUUUCAUAAUGGAUAAGGAGGGGUUGAUGAAAAUCAGACGAGAUGUGCUGGCAUUUGAGAUCCCCAAAAACUGGAUUUUGAUAAGAGAAUGUAAACAUUCAUACCGCCAAGACAAAAAACAGUUGGACAAUCACCAAAAUUUCGUUCCUUUAUACAAGAGUGCAUCCAGAGUCGUCGACUAUAUUAAUGCGAUUCUUGACGAAAUUAACUUGUUGUAUAAGCAAAUAGAUCAGAACAAAUCAUUCAUACUUGAGUACGAAUCAAAAUUAAUGGUUUUGGGCGACAAUAUUAGGGGCACAAUUAAUUUAGUAAGUGAUAAGAGAGAUGAGGCACAGUACCUUAAGCGUAAUUUACCUGAAUCUGAGCGGCAGCGGUUGAAAGAAGCCUAUUUAACGCAUCGAGGCUUGUACUUGAAAAAUGAAGUCUUGCAAAAUUUUGCUACAGACCGACUAAGCCAACUGCAAAUCAAGGUACAGUUGCUGCAUGAAAGUGGAUUGAAAAGGCGACGAUGGAGGCUGCAUUCUUUCGUUGCUUUUUCGGGAUUACUUCUUGCCAUAUAUUAUUUAUGCUUUUGCAAAUGAAGUACUGUGUUUAAUGGAGAAGAGGAGGCUCAAGCGCGUUGAAAUAUGUACAAGUUAUGUCUUCAGGGAUUAUUUUAUAGUUUUUGCGUACGGUGCAAAAAGUCAAUUAUGCAAUUUAUGUGACAUUGAGUGUUACAACAAACCUUAAAGGUCAAGGUCAAUCAAACCCUCAUAAGGAAACGUUAGUCGGAUUAUGUUUGAGCUUAUAAUUG